AUGGAGGCAAUUUCAUUGGAAUGGAUUCGGAUGUACAAAAACUUGCAGUUGUCGGAUCACAUCAAAGAAGUUCAGGCAGUGCUUAACGACCAUUGGGCACACGUGAAUGACGUGGCACCUGAACACGUCCUCUUAGCGUAUCAAGAACAGGAUGAUCAACCGAUGCUGGACUUCGCAAUACCCAAUGCGAGUCAGCUAUUGCAGAAGCCCGGCUCUAGACUGAUGCUACGUUAUGAUCUCAGCUCUCUCGAACGUUGGAUGGAUGGUAAGUUGGCCGUUCCGGCACAGAUUCCACUAGAGCAGGAGACUUAUACAACACCCGAGGUUGCAGAGUUGGAGCACAUCAUAUCGAGUUUUGUUCCUUCAAGUUGUCUAGUCAGAUCUAGGUACGGCGGCGAUCUUAGAGAAAGCAUCUCCGCUCUGAAGAGAGCGCAAUCAAAGACUGUUGCGGCCGUGAAAAUGCUUGAUCUUGAUUUUGUGGAAGAAGUCAAGUGGUAUAAUGGCGAAAUCAAGAGGGCUCGUAUGACUGUGGACCGCCACUUCUGUCAAAUUACAGAAUCACUGGCGCGCGGUGAACUGGGCUAUUCAUGGUUGGAGGCCGGCAACCUUUGGCCUGUGCUGACGCCAACGUCUAUUUUAGAGCAACUUCGGUCAACAUCUCAGUGUGUCUUUGGCUCGGGCAUGAAGGGCGCGCUACUCGACUACGGGAUGGAGGUUGUGAAGUUGCAGCAAUUGAUUCGAAUGAAGGAAGCCUUAGGGAAACGGGACAAUGGAAAGCUUUGUGAAGAGUACACCAACUGGAGAGGUGGAAAUUGGAGUCCCUCUAUAUACCCAGAUUGGCUUCUAUUAGAGAUCGACUCUAACAUGAAAAUCCGUCCUGAAUAA